AUGGUUCAUACGGUUCCUCUCAUCAUUUUUAUGGACGAUGUUUCUGGCAAUGUCUCCAAACAAUGGAACAAGCACCACGCAAUCUAUAUGUCAAAUGCCAACCUACCGCGCGAGAUGCUCGAAAAAGAAUUUUUCGUACGAUUUGUCACAUCUUCUGACUCAAUCUGCAGUAACGCUGCCGAAUCAGGUAUAAUUGCCUGGGAUUGCAAGUAUAACGAAGAGGUUUUGUUGAUUCCAUACGCGCUCUUCCUCGCUGGAGACAACCCCAUGCAAGCAGAAGAAUGUAGCCACGCCGGCUUAAACUGCAAUUACUAUUGCAGGACUUGCGAUACUGGUGGGACGAAAGAAUAUAAGGCGUCUGGUGACGGGUACAGCAGUCUUUUCACGUCAGGCAACCUACGAACACCUGAAAAUACAAUGGCAGAAGUCCGAAAACAGUUUGAGAUCGCGUUGAAGUCAGGAGCGUCGGAGAAGAUCAAGAAUUCGGUAUCAUCGACUGGUAUUCGUGAUUCCACUUCUAGUUCGAUCCUCAAUGCGUUAGUAGAGCUCGGAAAGAAACUUCGAAAGCGUGCCGCUGGUACCCAAGCAAUGCCAGAAGCCGAAGUUACAGCUGUCCUGGAGAAAGAGUUCGUAGAACUUUUGCAAGGUCACAAGCUCGAUGACGCUAUUAACCCAUUGUUGGGAAUGGAAGGCCUCGAUAUACACAUGGACACUCCAACGGAAAUUCUGCACACAAUACUGCUCGGUAUCGUCAAGUAUUUUUGGGGGCAAACCGUGUUUUUGCUCGACAAGGCAAAGCUCAUGGGCAUCUUUCAGGUCCGUCUUGAGUCUGUUGAUAAGGACGGACUCAACGCUCCAUGCUUGAAUGCAGACUACGUCUGUCAUUACAAAGGCAGUCUCAUAGGGAAACAUUUCAAAAGCUUGGCGCAAGUGAUGCCGUUUUUGAUUUAUGAUCUCGUCCCUUCAAUUGUUCUCAAUGCAUGGACCGUGAUAGGAGAGCUCGUCGUACUCGUCUGGCACACGAAGAUUGUGGAUACGGAAGCUUAUCUUGCAAAGCUGUCUCGAACAAUUCAAGAUUUUCUUAAUGUUACAGCACAGUGCGCGCCUAGCAUCAUUAUAAGCAAGCCCAAAUUUCAUUUCUUAGUUCAUCUCCCGGCGUAUAUUCGACGUUUCGGACCAGCAGUGAUAUUUUCGACCGAACGAUACGAGUCCUUCAACCAUGUAUUUCGUUUGUCGUGUGUAUACAGUAAUCGCCAAGCACCAAGCCGCGACUCCUGCCGAACAUUCGCUCAUCAAGAUAUCGUCAAGCACAUUGUCACGGGUGGGUAUUGGUACGAUAACAAAGCCUCAAAAUGGGUCCGGGGAGGAGCGCAAGUUCUAGGGUAUCUCGAUGAACACCCAGAGCAAGCACGAUUGCUCGGAUUAUCGGUCUUCAAUCGUAAUACUCCAGUACCUGGUUCCGGGAAAGUUCAGACUUCUCUUGGUGCCAACGGAAAAACGGCAAGAAAUGAUAUAGUAGCCUGGAAAGAAACUCAUUGCUCGAAGAUCCUGAAAACUGCCCAGCCUGACAUCGCUUACUAUCAAGGCAAAUCAGUCGUAGCGAGGGAAGGGGAUAUCGCAUAUCUGAAUAGUCAUGUUAUUUUCCACCGAACGACUGAUGGUCAGAAUCCGAACACCGUUGUUCAUGUUGGACUCCAGCUCUUUUCAUUCGCAAACACUUUACACGCUUCUGUCCAUCUACCCUGUCUGAACCUGAUUGAUGACGAGGUUGUCACACCGGCGGUGGAUAUCAUAUGCGUCAUUAAUCUCCAGCACAACUGUGUUGAUUCACAGUGUACAGACACCAUCGAGGAACCUGUGCGCCAAGAACGGCUCGAAACUUCUCGUACAAAACCUAUCAUUCAGCACAAGUCAACACCACACUACUUCAUCAAUGCCUACUCUAUUCAUAACUACGAUCAUAUCAAUUCUGUAAUUCCUGAGACGCUUCGUGAAUCACCACUGAGGGUUACGAAUGUCGCAGAGGUUCGGGAAAUGGCCGUACGACAAAUGAAGCAGAAGAAGACUUUGAAGAAAUCUGAUGACAUCCCUCUGGUGGCAGUUCCCUCCUUCGAUCGGGCCCCUCCCAAGUCAAGGACUGCUGCAAAAUCAAAGGCAAAGGCAACCACUUCCGGCACGCGAAGGAAGGCAGCAACAUUGAAGACUGGUCAAGCAACUGCCGGACCCUCUAGCCAGCUUCCGCCUGCUCAGCAAGACUCAACGAUUCAUAUCGGAGAUCACCAAAAUCAAGCCUACUUUGCGCCGCCACCAGGAUUCCCUCCUCCCCAGUACUACUACCCUCCUCACCAUUCACAACUUCCUCCACCACAGCUAUAUGGUCCGCCGCCACCAGCUCUGUAUCUUUACUCCGGAGGUUCACAACAACGUCAUGAGGUUUUAGAAAGGUCAUAUACCAGGUGA